UCAGCUGACGCUAGUAGCAAUAGAAACGUCAAAUGCGUGUGAAAUGUGCAGUAUUCUUAUUUGAUAGAAAUACUGAUAUUUUUGGAAGUAAAUAUAAAUUUAUGAGCAAAAAGACAAAAAGUUGAAAAAAAAAGUGACACUGUGCUUUAAAAGAAACAGAUAUCUGUAAAGAAAAAAAAAAAGAAUCUUAAGCAUCACACAGUGAUAAACAUUGUCUUAGGUUAGAAGUAGAUUCGAAAAUGCAUCAUGUAGAGAUUGAGGACUUUUAUCAUCAUGAUUUCACUACCGUGUCCGAAUGGGAGGUGUUCAUUGCAAGGCUCGAGGAGAUAAUGCAUGAAUGGAAGCUGUUUCAUACCAAAAUUGCGAGCCCUCUCAAACCAGGAGACUUUGUCAACUGUGAAUGGCAGGAAACGUCGGAGAAAUUGAACUUUGCAGAUGUAGAAUUUACAUUGAAGUACUAUAAGUUAAAGAAGGAAGAUGAAGAAGAAGAGACAGCUUCGGAAGAACGUGAAGAGGAGUGGAUGCAAUGUCAAAAGGAUGCUUUGGAUGUAUCCAAUGAUUUUGUGAGACUCAAUGAUAAUUGCAUGGAAAUAGCACGUUACUAUGGUGUCAGAGAAUACCUUGUCUUAAUACCAGCUCGAAAAACAAGCUUGACAGACGAGACUAGAAUCAAGAUUUUACUUAGCUCGUUGACAAUUGCAACUAACAAUGCGAAUUGCUACAUCCCUACAUUGGUGCAGGUGCAAGAACCUUGGCAGAAAAUGUACCUCGGAGUCUGUGCUGGUAAAGGAACUUGUGUGAAUCUCGACAUGGUGCAUUUGAAAAAAGUUCCACCGCAUUGCAAAUAUCUUACAGGUUUACUUGCUCUUUUCAAGCAGAAGAUUGGGGAAGGCUGCGGAGUAAGGCUCGAUUCCGUAAUGGUAUCCAUUAGAUUUUCUUAUUUGUUGAAAGAUUGGACUAACAGUACAUGGACGCAAGAACCUCCGGAUUUCGAUUUCAUGCAAGGAGAAACGUUAGGUGUGGCCGAGUUGGGUAAACUUCCCUUCGGAGCAACCUUUGAUCCUGUUGGGGAACUACAUCUUUUCACUACAUGGCCAGAAAUGUCGGAUAACGUUGUGGUGGACAGCGAGGGAUACUCGGAUCUCGAACCGCAAUUAGCUCCUGAAUGGUCGGUGCAGGUGAAAAUGGUGGCUUUACCCGCUUGCCUGCUCGGCGAGUACAUGACGGAUUUUCUUCACCUUUGCAACAAUCAGAAAACUAUGGUGGAGUUGCUGGGUGAGAACGCAUCUUACAUCCAUGACGACGAUCAGACGCUAAGCUCGGCUUUCAACGUGCUCACUGAAUCUAAAAUACCCACAAUCUCAGCUGUGGUGGGUAGAAGAAGUAGCACCACGAAGAAAAAUAAAAAUAUUGAGGGUCCAAUUUCCGAGGAGAUACUGUUACCUAUACUGUACUUUCUCUUUCCGGAUGCGGAUAACACCGAGAAAUUUCCUUACAACGAUAUCGCCAUAUCCAACGUGGAGGACGACCAAUGGAAGGGCGUGAAAACCUGUGCGAUGGAUAGUUUGGUGUGGCGUCUGUCGAUCGUCGCUGCGCAUUGCACGCACAAUCUCGGCGGUGCGACCGCACUGGCACAGCUCUGGCAUGAAUUUGUGCAAGAAAUCAGAUUCCGUUGGGAGAAGAGCAUCCUGAUACCAGGAGUCGGGCCUGGAUUUCCAGAUUCCGUUCGCACGUGUUUGCUGCAUCAGAAGUUACAGAUGAUGAAUUGCUGCAUAGCGAGGAAGAAGGCGAGGGAAGAAAACGCGCACAGAUCGCAGAGCAUGGAGAUCGACGAUGUGGACGAGACAGAAUCCGAGGAGGAGGAAUUCUUCGAGUGCUCGAGCGAGGAGCUGGCGAGCGAGGAGGUUUCGUCAACGAGGACGCAACUGAAGGCGAAGCACCUGCUGUGGAACAAACCCGCGGGAAGAUUGGCCAAGCACCCUUCACUCAGACUGAUUCAAACCGGAGACCCUCUCUAUCUACCAAUCACGCAGGAUCCCGUGCCGAAGACGGAGGAUCAGCUGGAGGAGGACGCGCAGGUGAUGAUGCAGCUUGGAACCGACAAAUACGCCUCCGAGAUGCGGGCGCGAAUGAUGAGCGCGUCGCUGUUGUCCGAUAUGGAGUCCUUCAAGGCGGCAAAUCCUGGUGCAGUCCUGGAGGACUUUAUUCGAUGGUAUUCGCCGAGGGAUUGGAUCGACGAUGAAGGCGUCGACGAAUGGGGCCAAGGAAAGGGCCACUUGUCGCAACGGAUGAUGAUCCCCGAGAAUCCAUGGUCGACGACAUGGGCGUCGGCGCAGCCGGUUCCCGCACAUCGGCAGAAGCGGCUGUUCGACGACACGCGAGAGGCGGAGAAGGCUUUACAUUACUUAUGCUCAAAGCGAAUAGGACAAGUCGCGCAGCUCUUGUUGCCGACUUUGACUCACGCCGCGCUCUGCACACUGAGCGCGCAGAAACAGGAAGCUCUCCCGAGUUUACCCGAAGUGGCGCAGAGCAUACUUAAUAGAUUGCAAUCCGCGACGAAACCGAUUCAUCAGAAGCUACAGUUAUACGAGGACAUCACGCGCGAUGUCGAAAGCGUGGAGGCGUUGGUCGCCCAGGUGAAUUCGCUGCAGCACAAACUGGGCGGUAACCACGACUCUAAGGAGUUCACGUCCUUCUUGGUUCAGCUGAUGCGAGGGAAGGAAGUGAGCGUGCCCGGCGGUCCCCGAGGAGACAUCGGGGCGCGCAUAGUGACGAUGUUUCGCGACGCGCAGAAGGCCGCUCACAUGAUGACGUCAGUCGGCAAUAGCAACGACGCGACGGACGCUGCGAAAGACGGCCGGCACAAAACGUUCCCCGUGCCGAGCUGUAAGGAAUUCAUUCUACGGGCGAUAAUGCCGCGACCUUCGCCGGCCUCCACGCCGCAGCCGCAGCGGCUGUACGCCUGCCUUAAACGAGAUCACAUUCGCUUGGCCGGAUUCUUCUCUGAAGAUACAACAUUCCUGUAAUUCUCAUCGGAAUUCGCCCAU